UACUUAAGUUAUAUCCGUUAGUUUCAAAAAACAAAUAAAAAUUGCAGAUAUGGCUAUGCUUUCUCUUCGUUUACCACUCUGAUUCUAAUGCUCCAAACUGUGAACUGUGAAUGGCGUCUUCUCUCUCCACCUGUUUUCUUUGUACACACUCUUUCAAAUUGAAAUCUCUUCCAACAAACAAAUCUUCAUCACUGACCACAAAGCCUCCUUGCUUCACUCUUCCUCGUGUUCGAUUUUCACCUAAAGCGUAUAAACACGAUGAGAGUGCCAGCACCACUGAUUCUGUUGAAACUCCACCCCUCCAACAAUCUUCACCUAAACCGCCUCAGAAUCCCUUCUCUUCUCUGCUUCAUCCUCUCAGAAAUGGGUGGCUUAAAUAUGAUGAACUUUGGAUGGAGAUACUAUCCAUUGCCCUGCCUGCUGCUGUGGCCUUGGCAGCUGACCCGAUUGCCUCAUUGAUCGACACAGCAUUUGUUGGCCAUAUAGGGGCAGUUGAAUUAGCUGCAGUUGGGGUUUCAACUUCUGUGUUUAAUCUAGUCUCAAAAGUGUUCAAUGUUCCUUUGCUUAAUAUUACUACGUCCUUUGUUGCGGAGGAGCAGGCUCUGAUUAGCAAGGAGGAAGAUAUCAGUGGUACUGGUGAAAAUGGCAAGUCCCAAAAUAAAAAGCUUCUUGCUUCAGUAUCAACUUCUUUAGCACUUGCAGCAACUCUUGGAAUUGCUGAAACUGUGGCGCUUUCCCUUGGAUCUGGCAUCAUUAUGAAUAUCAUGGGUAUACCUGCUGAUUCUCUAAUGCGUGGACCUGCCCAGCAAUUCCUUACACUGAGGGCCUUUGGUGCUCCAGCAAUUGUGAUUGCAUUAGCCGUACAAGGCACUUUCCGAGGAUUUAUGGAUACAAAGACACCUCUAUACGCUGUUGGUGCUGGAAACUUUCUUAAUGUCAUAUUAGAUCCAAUACUAAUAUUUCUUCUUGGUCUUGGUGUUGGCGGUGCUGCAAUUGCUACAGUGAUCUCUGAAUAUUUAAUAGCUUUCAUUCUUCUAUGGAAAUUGAGUGACCAAGUGCUGCUAAUCCCAUUUGACUUCGAUGGGAGAAAAUUAUUCAGCUAUCUGAAAUCUGGGGGUUUUCUUCUUGGCAGGACUUUGGCUGUGUUUAUAACUAUGACACUGACAACAUCUAUCGCAGCUAAGCUGGGGCCCAUACCUAUGGCAGGUCAUCAAAUUUGCAUGCAAGUUUGGUUGUCUAUAUCUUUGCUCACUGAUGCCUUGGCACUUGCUGGUCAGGCUCUUCUUGCCGGUAGUUACUCCCUGGGAAAUUAUGCGCAAGCACGCCUCAUUAUAUACAGAGUGAUACAGAUUGGUCUGGGAGUUGGAAUCACUUUGUCUAUAAUCUUGUUCUUUGGGUUUGGAGCAUUUACUAGUUUAUUUACCACAGAUUCAGAAGUUCUGGAUGUUGCUCGGUCAGGUCUAUUGUUUGUUGCUGGAUCUCAACCAGUAAACGCUUUGGCAUUUGUUAUUGAUGGGAUUUAUUAUGGGGUAUCAGACUUUGAAUAUGCUGCUUACUCGAUGGUGCUAGCUGGACUAUUUUCUUCAAUUUUUCUGCUGGUGGUUGGUCCAAUAUUUGGACUUCCUGGAGUUUGGGCAGGAUUGUUUAUCUUCAUGACUUUGCGUGUUCUAGCUGGAGUUUCAAGGUUAAGCAGCAAACGCGGUCCAUGGAAUGUCAUCUGGUAUAAAGAUGGACCACAAGAUUGACUAACAUGCAUUUAAGACCACCCAUUUAGAAUCAAGAAGCUCCAACUUUCACUGAUCAGGCCAAAAUGGUGUUGUGAGGAUGCUCAAGACACGAUUCUCAACUCUCAGGAGCUCUAAUAAGCAGAAACUAAAGCUAUGCGCCCUCUCCCGGUUCUCAAAUCCACUCCAAAAGAAUACAGGACCGUAGUAAAUUAUUAGAAUGUUGCAGUAAUUGCUACUGCAAACCAAUUUCCAAAAUCUUGCUGGUACAAGUAGAGUUUGAAAGGCCAAAAGAAUCACAGGGAAGAAGAAAAAUUAUUGAAUGACCAGCCUGUAGUGUAGAAGUCAAGUCUUCUGGCUUCUGUUGUAAAUUUGUGCUUAUCAUUAAGGGAGCCGCAUCAGAUUGGCGUUGGCUCCAUUUUAACUUUCCAAUGAUGUUAUUCUCAUUCUGUACAUAUUCCACAAAUGAUUGAUGUUAUGUUUGCACUCAA